AUGACUGAAGCAACAACUACUUCAAUGGAAAUUACAUCAACUACAACGAUGACUACGACUACCACAAGCGGUUCAAAAACAUUUGCAAAACUAUUAUAAAGCUCAAAAUAAUUUCCGCGAAAUGCAAAAUGGUCUCUGACUAUCCAAAAAUAUAGUUAUCUUUUCCUUUCUUUAACGGGUUUUUUUGCAUUUCGCGGAGUCACUUUGAACAAUGCACGAGUUUCAGAAAAACAACUUGAAUCAUUUAGGAUGUCCCUGCAACUCAGAUACAUUAAAAAUCGAUCCGCAGGGUCCUGAUGAUUACCGACCCGUUAUAAGGUUAACUAACCUUUUUUUAUGUUGUCUUGAAUUAGUUCGUGUUAUGCAACACGGCUACAUUGAAGAGUGGCUUACUGAAUUUAUUUUCAGAAAAAAAAACUAAUGAGCAUGAAAAUCUCGUUUGAAUAGAUACUGUUUAGGCGGUUUCAAGAGCUACAGUACCGCUCAAAAAGUAUAUUAAGUUUUUGGUUUUUUUGAGGAUAUCUCAGCGAGUACUUAUCCGAUUUAUACAUAACUUUCAAUGAUAAUGUAAAAUAUACUUUGAAACAUAUAUGGUAUACAAAGACAUGUCCGCAAUCACUGUGACGCGUUUUUAGGCAUUUUUAUUGAAUUCAAUGUUUUUCAUGCUUUUAUUUUUAUUUAUUUUUUUAUCAAAUUUUUUUAAAAAGUAAUAGUGCUGCCAUAUGUUUUUCCCAUGUUUUUCAAACAUGGGAAGAAUCUCUGAGGAUUUGACUGAUAACGACAAAAGAACCAUCGUUGUGGGUCGUCAAAAUGGACUGACCAUGAUGACGUUGGCAGGAAUGUUCGGCGUGACAGAGGCGUGCAUUUCUCAGUCCCUAAAGCGUCGGAAAGCUCAAGAUGGCUCUACUAAGAGCCAACGCACUGGAAGAUCACGUGUCACUGAUGGUAAUGACGAUAGAAACAUUUUGAAGACGUCUAGAACCAAUCCAAGACACCGCCCCUACGAUCAGACGGGAAGUUUUCUCGAAUUCGCCAUCUUCGCCAUCCGUCUCGACCGUGAAACGAGGUCUCAAUGCUGCUGGAAUCAUGGGAAGACGUCCAGUGAAGAAACCGCUGAUUUCUGAAAAGAAUCGAGCCGCCAGGGUGAAGUGGACGAAGGAGCAUCUCAACUGGACCCGUCAAGACUGGAACAAAAUUCUGUGGUCCGACGAAAGCAAGUUCCUCCUCUUCGGGAGUGACGGAAUUCAGUGGGUUCGUGGACCAAUUGAGUCCAGAUAUCAUCCAAAAUACCAAUUACCCACUGUGAAACAUGGUGGAGGACCGUUUCGUCGGACCACAGAAUCUUGUUCCAGUCUUGACGGGUCCAGUUGAGAUGCUCCUUCGUCCACUUCACCCUGGCGGCUCGAUUCUUUUCAGAAAUCAGCGGUUUCUUCACUGGACGUCUUCCCAUGAUUCCAGCAGCAUUCAGACGUCGUUUCACGGUCGAGACGGAUGGCGGAGAUGGCGAAUUCAAGAAAAAUUCCCGUCUGAUCGUAGGGGCGGUGAGUCUUGGAUUGGUUCUAGGCGUCUUCAAAAUGUUUCUAUCGCCAUUACGAUCACUGAAACGUGGUCUUCCAGUGCGUUGGCUCUUAGUAGAGCCAUCUUGAGCUUUCCGACGCUUUAGGGACUGAGAAAUGCACGCCUCUGUCACGUCGAACAUUCCUGCCAACGUCAUCAUGGUCAGUCCAUUUUGACGACCCACAACGAUGGUUCUUUUGUCGUUAUCAGUCAAAUCCUUUUUUUCAGAGAUUCUUCCCAUGUUUGAAAACAUGGGAAAAAACAUAUGGCAGCACUAUUACUUUUUAAAAAAUUUUGAUAAAAAAAUAAAUAAAAAAAUAAAAAGCAUGAAAACAUUGAAUUCAAUAAAAAAAUGCCUAAAACGCGUCACAGUGAUUGCGGACAUGUCUUUGUAUACCAUAUAUGUUUCAAAGUAUAUUUUACAUUAUCCCUGAAAGUUAUGUAUAAAUCGGAUAAGUACUCGCUGAGAUAUCCUCAAAAAAACCAAAAACUUAAUAUACUUUUGAGCGGUACUGUAUAGUUUAAAAAUGCAGCGGUGCUUUUUCGUUGAACACUUUUUCAUGAAUGAAAUCAUAGUUUUGAGAGUUUUGCCGCAUUCCUUUUGAGCUAUAAAUUCGAACAAAGGCCGUUAAUUAUUGACCGCUGCUGUAUGAUUUCAGUGGAAACUCAUGUUCGUCAGUAUUUACCUGUAAUUCUCCUAGUGGAAGCUGUACCGCAGUAUUGGUGAGUUUUUGUGUCAGAAAGAAAUCUAACUUUUCGCUGCAAGCAGAACUUCCGGUGAAGAGUUUACGAUUUUAGGUUUACGCCAACAACGAUCCUACAAAUGGUUUGAAGAUUAACGAAGGUCCUUUAGUUUCGACUAUCAGCGUUAUGUGCAACACAGACGGUGUUUGGUUUUUUGUGGAUCAAGUAGGACCGUUCUCCGAGUAAGUUUUGUAGCAAAUUUCACUUUUUGCUGCAAACUGGAGCUAUUUGAGAAACUAGAGUGGUUACUCUGCUCUUGGUGCUGAAACAGUGUUUACGAUAGAAAUUUUGUAAUUAGGUGAAACAUGGGCUUCAUAAAUUGAAGUCAGUACAACCUACGAACAUUAAAUUUGACUUUUUUUUUGUUGAGAAAACUACUUUCUUGGGCGAAAAACAAUUUUUUAAAACUUUUUUUCGAAAACUUUGUAAACCAACCCCUCCUUCCAGACUUAUUGAGUUCUGUAAUCGCUCACGUAGUGUUGAAGCCUACCGUAAGCACUGCUUCAUACACCAGCCAAUCAUGCAAAAGCUUUCAAAAAUAAAAACAAAAAAAUAAAAAAAUAAACAUUACAGUUUUCACGCCCUCUCCUGCAUUGAUAAAUCUAUUGCAAACUGCUAA